UCACCAUUUUAAAGCUAAAAUCAGUUGAAUGCUCUCAUGUGGCACUGCGCGCGCGCUGGCUAGCUUGAGCAGUUGUUAUGGAGACCGUCUCGAGCUCAGAUAAACAGUGACUGAAAGUGCAGCGAUUUAAAGACUUCACGGCUAAACAACAAUCACUCAUGAGUCAUGCAGAGGGGCGGAGCUCUGCUCCAUCAGAGGAGGAGGAGGAGGAAGGCUCCAGUGAGAGGGCCACGCCCAUUUCUGCAAUAGCUCCAGAAGCAGAUUCAUAUGAACAACCUGCUGUCAUAUCAUCAAAUCCAGCCCUGCAGUGCCUGGAACAGCUGUUCUCCAUGGGAAAGGUCAGUGGGGAGAAAGUGGCUCGUCUUAGGGCCAGUUUCAACCUCUUGCAUGAAACUCUGAGAAGGUCUCAGGAAUCAGAAAUGCAUCUGCUGAAGGAGGCGAAAGCCUUACGCACCACACUUGAGCAGCAGAGGCUGGAGCUGGAGAAGGCCGAGCUGUUUCCUGAAGGACCGGACACAGAGGUCAGCAGACUGAAACAGACACUUCUGCAGUACUACAACCAGCUGAAGGAGGAUGAAGAAAGAGAUUACCAGAUGCAGUUCCAGUUUGAGUGUCUUGAAGAGGAGAAGCUCUGUCUUGAAAAAGAAUACCAAGACCAACCUAAACAGGCUGAGCUAGAAAAUAGGUACAUGGCCAUGAAGAACAGUUGUGAGGAGGUGAAGAAAGAGGUGGUUCAUCUUAGACAGGAAGUGUGGACUUUAACUGAGAGCUUAGAGACUCAUCAGAAAAAUAUAAAGAAAGAACGACAUGAGCUAGAGGAUUUAAAAGGUCGUGUUGAGAGCAAUGAGGCUGAGCUGGCUCAGGUGCUCCUCAUACCUGAUCAGCUGGGAAAGGAGAUCGACAGGGUCGCCCACAAGAAAUCGGAGCUGGAGAAGCAGGUAGCAGUAAUUGAGCAACAUCGUAUGGAGCACAUAGAGCAUCAGCAGAAGGUGAAUGCAAAGUGCGAGAAGGUGAAGGAGGCCAAAAAGGAGGUGGCGCGAGAACUGGAAGGCCACAAGGCUCAGCUGGUGGCUGCAGAGAACAGAAAAGAUAGACUUCUCAAAGAACUGCAGAUGACCAAGGAAAAAGAGGCCAUCUUCAUGGAUCAAAGGGGUCUGCUGGACAUCAACAUGGAGCAGACUGUUGCUGAGUGUAAGUCUCUUCAUGAUAAACUGGCCCGAGAUACACGGCUGAAAGACAAACUUAUGCAAGCCCUGAAGAGGAAUGAACUGCAGCUGAAACAGGCCAGAGAUGCUCUCGCUAACACUCAACAGCAGCAUGAGAGGACCCAGGCUCAGAGAGACACAGUCCCAGAAGGUGACAGCUUAUUGCAGAGAAGAAGAGAUCUGGAAAAGGAAGUGGAAAACCUACAACGCAGUUUGAUUAGCAAGCAAUCUAUGGCAGGGCUGAAGGUCCAGCUGGUUCAAGAGUAUAUGGAGCAGGAACAGGCUUUGAUUAAAGAGUCCUAUCGGCGUAGAGAUGAGCUUCAUCACCUUCAUCGUCUCGUACUUAUCAAAGCAGAUGAGAGAGAGCAAAAAAGCCGUGAGCUGCUUAAAGCACAGCUUAAAUAUAAGCGUUCCAAACAAGAUCUGCAAGGGAAAGGACUGGUUAUUCAAGAGCACUUGAAACAGACUCAAGAGACCCAGUCAAGGCUGGGUGUGUUUGCUAAGCUGUAUGAUGUCACCAAGGCCGAGCGGAACAAAUACCUGAGCCUGAUCCACAUGUCAAACCAGAACUUGGAAGAGAUGCAAAAGAACCUGGCUAACCUGGAAGAAAAUCUUAAGACUCUGCAGUGGACUGCUAUCAUCAAAGACAAGUUGCUGCAAAAGUCCAAUCUACAGCACUCUCACAGCUUAAAGCUCAGAGACCAUAUGAAGAAUGAGAUCUCACGGGUGUUAAAGAUUCUGCAGGAAAUGUACCAGAAACGAGAGGAGCAGAAAUUGAACCUUGGCAAGCUCACAUACACAAUCGACAUGCUGGAGCAAAACCAGUUGCAUAUUUGCAAGAGCUAUGAUGCCGCCAUGCAAGAACGCAACAAGCGGGGUGUUCAGCUUGUGGAGAGAGAGCAGGAAUUGUGUGUUUUCUACGAGAGACUAAAUGUGCUGGUUAAAAUGAUUGAAAAAAGCAACCUGAAGUUACAGGACAUGGAAGAUGAAAUCGGCAACCUGAAAAUUGAGCAGAAAGAGCAAGAAAGACAGAACAACCUGCAGAAGAAACAGUUGUUAAUCAAACGGGCCCUUGAGGAAGAGAACAUCUUAUUACAGAUACAGCUGUCUGAGACGAAGGACAGACAGACUAGUCUGACUAGAAGAUUGCACAGAAUAAGAAAACUUAGUGGAGAAGAUCCGUCUCCUGAGGAGCUCAUCAAGAAGAUUGAACAGUUCGAGGUGCAAUUGGCAGAUAAAGAGACUCAGCUCUUGGAAAUGGAGCUUGUGUAUGAGCAGGUUAAACGCCUUUCCCAGCGAAUCCAAAUCAAAGCUGAGAACGGUAAAGAAGACACGCUGCAUCUAGCCAAGAAAGUGAAUGAGCUGCAGGCUCAGAUCAGGGAACGCACUAGUAAAAUGAUGGCAGUGGUAGCAGAGCUGUCCAUGCGGCAGGCAGAGUGUAUGACCCUGCAGCAGGAGAUGAAAGAAAAGGAACUACAGCUGGACUUGUGUCAGAGGCGUGUGGAGCAGGGCCUGCCCCCCUCAGACAACAUAGAAAACGAGUGGCUGCGUUACCUUCGAGAUCAGCACAGACGGCAGGCAGAUGCAGAGAAAAAAGCCAGGAUGGCUGAGGAAGACGAGUGGAACCAGCUUCCAAAUGGUGUUUACACCACAGCUGAGCUUCGACCCAAUGCUUACAUCCCCACUGAUGAUCCUUUGCCAGUGCCAAAACACUAUGGAGCCCUGGCCCCCUUUAAACCCACCGAACCUGGUGCCAACAUUCGUCAUAUCCGCAAACCAAAAUUCAAACCUAUUGAGAUCUAGCGGUAAUUACUGAUGUCUCUGAGAGCUGCUCCACGCUGUGACUGAAAAGUGAGGAAAAGCGAACCAGGAUUUUACAAGACAAUUAGUUCAAGAGAAGAGUCAAGUAGGAAAGUUACCUCUGGAAGUCUUUUCAGAAUACUGAACUUCAGCUGCUCAUUAGAAUCACUGUUAUCUAAACCUGUCAUGAGGUAGAUAGACAGAAAAAGUGAAAAGCACUGUAAAAUUGUUCUUAAAAUAAAACACUGGCUUCUAAAUGA